AUGGACGACCUCUCGGAGCGAAUGCGCAUACACGACUACACAGCACUACAGACUCUAGGACUCGUGGCGCUAUACAACAGAAUUGGGCUGUUGAUCGACGACGCGCAUAAUAAGACACAGUCGGAGGACAGUCAGCCGAGCGGCGUAUAUGCAAGCUCCGAGACACCACAGAGGCAGCGCAGGCACAGAGACACACCUAAUGGGGAGACAGCGGGCAGAAGCAGCAGCAUUGAUAUAACGAACGGCCGCAAGCGGAAGAGCGAGUUGUCACGGCCUCAAAGCCCGGAAAGCAGCAAGCGGUCUUUUGGAGUGGUCGCGGGCAAUGGGAAGCGCAAUAUGAAGAGCGCGUUCGCCCGGGUGCAGGCGAGAGCUGGCGACGAGCAGACAGAUAUCGACGGGGGCGCGCUCGGACGACGGGCACAUGCUGCCGGCAGGGGCGCAGCCAACGCAGACAGGGGGCUUUCGGUGGCGGCAGUUGAGACGCGGCCGGCGGAGUACGGUGAGGUGUGGUUCGACCGGUAUCAGAUCGUCGGCAAGCUCGGUGAGGGUGCGUUCAGCCAGGCGUUCCUCGCAAUGGACCUGUACUGCACGCGCAUGGGGCGGCGGCAUGACGGCACGCGGCUGGUCAGCAUUAAGCGAAUGGCCGCACAUGAGGAGGUGAUCGGACUGUCGGAGCACCGCACGCUCACUAUGCUCAACGCGCUCGACCCCCGCGGACGCGUCCCAAUCGUGCGCGUGCACGACAUGUUCCGGCACGGUGCGCACGCGUGCCUGGUUAUGGAGCCAUUGCUGGGUGGCACGCUGCACGACGCGUUCCCACGGCGCGUCAAGGCAGCGUACGCAGCGCAUGACACUGAGGUUGCACGGCGCGUUCAUAUGGACAUGAUCCGCGCAGUGGUGCGGCAGCUGCUGGCAGCACUGGCGCACAUGCAUAGCAGCGCUUUGAUCCAUGCCGACAUUAAGACCACCAACGUCAUUUGCAGCGACGCACACUCGCUGAGCGCCAAGCUAAUUGACUUUGGCAACGCUGUGGGCGACGGAGACGUGGCCGAGUACUACCGAUCGUUCGAGAUCCAGACCGUGUGGUUCCGCGCGCCCGAGGUCGCGUACCAGCGGCCGUUUGGCCGGGCCAUUGACGUGUGGUCGGUUGGCUGCGUCAUGUGCGAGCUGUGGCUCGGCCGCCCUCUGUUUACCGACAUGGAAAACCACAGCCUGGUGCGCAGCAUGCUUAAGCUGCGCGGCCCGCCACCAGCCGCUCUAUAUGCCGCGUCGCCGAUCUACACUGACGCCAUGCGGGCGUGGUCCGCUGCGCGCCCGACGCCCGGGUUCCGUGCGCCCGAGCCGAGCCUCGACUGGGGCGCACCGCUGCGCGCGCAGUGGCUCAGGCACUCGCUGCACGUGGGGGACGAUGCGGAUGCUGACGACUUUAUUGCGCUGGCUGAUGCGCUGUUGGACUACGACCCCGAGCAGCGGCCGACGGCGGCCGAGGCACUGCGUCACGCGUUCUUCGAUGGCACUCACUUUAUUUAA